CUCGCCCUCCGCGUCCACGCGGGCGCGAAGUACAAGCGCACGGACGUCGAGGUCGAACGGCAAAUCGGCGAGGGCUCGUUCGGGAUCGUGUACCAAGGGAAGAUCGCGAAAGUGAAGAAAGACGUCGUGCUGAAGCGACCGAAGCUCACCGUCGAGGGCGCCGCGGAGCUCCAGGAGGUCGAGGCGUGGAUGAACGACCGCGUCACCAGGGACGCGCGCGGGUCGUGCGCGGACUUCCUGGGCUCGUUCCGCGUCACCCCGGACGAGUCGUAUUUGCACAGCAGCAGCGAAGGGGUCGUCGCGAAAGAGGGCUUGUGGUUGGUGUGGCGGUACGAGGGCGACCGGACGCUCGCGCAGUACAUGGCGCAGCCGGACUACCCCGCGGGGAUCGCGAAGGUGAUGCUCGGGAAAGAAGGGAACAACUUGCGCGGGGACGCGUCCGUGGAGCUCGAGGUGACGCAGGCGACGAUGCGGCAGAUCUUCAAGAAUCUACGCGUGGUGCACACGGCCGGUCUGAUUCACAGAGACAUCAAGCCGCACAACUUGGUCCUCACGAACGAGGACCGGUUCAAGCUCAUCGAUUUAGGCGCGUGCGCGUGCUUCCGGACCGGGAUGAACUUCGCGCCGGACGAGACGAUCAUGGACCCGAAGUACGCGCCGCCCGAGGAAUUUCUCAUCCCGAGCGACGACGCGCCGGAUAUCCGCAAGCUGUUCGGGCCGGUCGCCCUCGCCGCCGGCAGCGCGGCGUGGGUGCAGCAUAAACCGGACAGGUUCGACAUGUACAGCGCGGGCGUGGUCAUGAUGCAGCUCGCGCUGCCGUCGCUUCGCACGAACAACGGGUUGAUGACGUUUAACCGCGGGUUAAAACGCGUCGGGUACGAUUUGUUCCUGUGGCGCGAUGCGAACAAAUCGCAGCUGAAACGGUCGCAGACCGCGGUGUUAGACGCCGGGAACGGCGCGGGGUGGGACCUCGCGAGGGAGCUUCUGCGGCCGCGGGCGUACGACGAAGACGCCGCGACCGCGGCGAGCGCCGCCGCGGAGAAGCAGCGCGCGAAGAAGGGCGAGGACGAGGAGGGCACCGUGCUC